ACACACAGAGAGACGUACACACACUCACUCACACACACCCACUCACCCACGCACACACAUUCUAGGAGUGGAGGAGUUCGGAGUUGGCAGGGGCGGUUGUUGAAACAACAUGUAAGAACACAUGUGUCAGUGUGGCUCAGGACCUUCGCAGUUUCUUCACCGAGUAUUCCACAGGCAAGGGACAUGCAGGAUGCAACACGCGUUCGUUGUUACAAGAGGAGUUAGAAGCAGCUCGAUUCCGUCAUCAUUCCCUCCUGACGUCAUUACAGCAUGAACAGCACAACUUAUGCAGAUUCAGAACCGGGGGCCUGUAUAAGCGCGGACCCUGGGCCUGGUCCUGAUGUCUUCUGCAAGCUGUGCCUCAGCAAGCACACACUUGCACUCACUACAACGCUGCACAGCUGCAGGUGCAUCUUCUGUACAACUUGUCUGCAGCAGUAUGUUGAGCUAGUUAUCAAGGAGGGCGGGGGCGAACCUGUCACCUGUCCAGAUAUGGAUUGCAGAAACAUGGGCGUGUUGCUGGAAACGGAGAUAGAUGACUUGGCCUCUGCGGAUCAAGCGGAGAUGUAUCAGCGUUUAAAGUUUGAGAGAGGUGUGAGCCUGGACCCAAGUAAAACCUGGUGCCCGCUGUUCGACUGCCAGGCUGUGUGCACAAUGCAGCUGAGUUCUGAAGGCCAGGCCGUCGCUGUGCCCUGUCCCACUUGUCACACCAUCUUCUGUUCUGAGUGCAAGGUACCAUGGCAGGGAGGCCACACCUGUUCCGAGCUGCAGCCCAUGAUGUCACACUCUAAUGAAAGCAGCCUCUCCGAGCUGCCCAUCAAACAGUGUCCAAAGUGUGGCAUCUAUAUUGAGAGGAACCAGGGCUGUGCACAGAUGGUGUGCAAAUGCUGCAAGCACAUAUUCUGUUGGCAUUGCCUGCAAAGUUUAAAAGGUGAUAUUUUCCUCAGGCAUUACGAUAAGGGGUCAUGCAGAAACAAACUCGGCCACUCCAGAGCCAUGCUUAUGUGGGGCAGAACCAAGGUGGUGGGUCUCCUUGUGGGGGUCACCAUUGUGGUGCUGGUAACUUCUCCUCUCCUCCUGCUGGCCUCACCAUGUAUCUGUGCUGCAUAUGCAAUCCAUGAACAGCGCAGAAAAAUAAGAAUAAGAAGAAGACACAGAAAAAGAAGACAGGCAUUAGCCAACCAGACUACACCACAUUCGAUCACCUUCAUGCAUAUGCAGGAUUAUGGCCACGAUAGUGAUGUCAUCAACAAGUCGACAUAAUCAGCAUCAGAACCAUGCUCUGGUGUGUUUGAAUGUUGGCAGUAGAUGUGUGAGAUUGCUUCUUGCACAUGCACUUCAAUCCCUCCCCUUAUGUGCCAAAAGAGAGACGUUAGAUGCUCAAGUGCCUGAGACUACUGUGCCUGCUGAUGACUUGGCUUUGUUUAUUACCAUAUAUAUAUAUAUAUAUAUAU